CCCGGCUUUUCCCGGUGAAGCUGGGAGGGGUCGGGCAGAAGCAGCGGCGUCUCCCUAGAGGAGGGAGUCGGUGCGGCCGGGUCGCUGAGGACUAAGGGAGGCGGCCUGCUGCAGUGGGUAGUGCAGCAGACUGGAGGUGCGGGUGUUUCUGAGCCCAGGGGGGAGAGAAAUCCCACGCCUGCAAGACACGGGUAGGCAGAGGGGUGUUGUGAGAUGAGGGGUUUGGCCAGGACUUUGGGAUUGACACACAGACAGCCCUGAGGUGUAGGGGUGGUAUUUUUCGGCAGUAGGAGUUGGGGCUUGGUCUUCUACACCCUAUUCUAAGGAACCAGGGUCCCGCGCGCCUUGCUUUACAUCUGACGUGAUGCUGGCUUGCAAACUACCUGUUUCACCAUCUGUUUUACUCCCAGCUUUGCUGCUUGUCUACUUUUUGGAAGACUCAAUCUGUUUGUCAAGCAGGCUGAUCCUUCUCUGUUGCUUCACUGAUGCCAGGUAGCAAAAACUAGUUGCUGGCUUCAUACCCUUUGGGAUAUGUAAUUAAGCAUGCUGCUUCAACACAAAAGAUGAACCUUAAGGCCUUUUCAGACACAGAGCACUCAACCCAACUGCUGCAGUAGCGAGAGAUCUGUGCCACCAUGGCUAGAAGAGGGAUUUAACCCUUGCAAAAAGAAGUGUUAGCCCAGGAAGUGGCAGUUGUUCUGCAUUGGGUGCUCCCAGGUAACUUCAAAGCAUUGCCGAUGGAUGAACUGGUGCAUGACUUGGCCUCAGCUUUAGAGCAGACUUCAGAGCAAAACAAACUGGACGAGCUAUGGGAAGAGAUGGCCCUAAGCCCACGGCAGCAACGGCGUCAGCUUCGCAAGAGACGGGGUCGUAAACGACGCUCAGACUUCACACAUCAGGCAGAACAUGCCUGCUGCUACAGUGAGGCCUCAGAGUCGAGCUUGGACGAAGCUGUCAAGGAUUGCCGUGAGGUGCUGACAGCUAAUUUCAGUGACUCUGAUGACAUGACAGUGGUCAAACGGCAUCCAGCUCUUAGUGCCACCCUGAGGAGCAAGCAACACUUGUGGCAUGAGUCAGACUCCUUUACAGAGAAUGCACCCUGUCGACCUCUCAGGCGCCGACGGAAAGUCAAACGUGUGACAUCAGAGGUGGCUGCCAGUCUCCAGCAAAAGCUGAGGGUGUCAGAGUGGAACUAUGAGAGGGGCUGCAGGUUCAAGUCAGCCAAGAAACAGCGUCUUUCACGCUGGAAAGAGAAUGCCCCUUGGACAUCAUCCAGUCAUGGCCUUUGCGAGUCAGGAGAGAACAGGCCCUUCCUCAGCAAUGGGGGAAGGAAGGAGCGGAUGGAGUGUGAAGCCGAUGAUCAGAAACAGGGUUCAGAUGAAAACAUGUCGGAAUGUGAAACCAGCAGUGUUUGCAGCAGCAGUGAUACUGGCCUGUUUACCAAUGAUGAAGGCCGCCAAGGAGAUGAUGAGCAGAGUGAUUGGUUUUAUGAAGGAGAGUGUGUUCCAGGAUUCACUGUCCCAAACCUUCUUCCCAAGUGGGGAGCUGAUCACCGAUCUGAAGUGGAGAGGAUUGACUCAGGCCUGGACAAGCUCUCUGUUUCCACCUUCCUUUUGCCCCCACAGCCAGCUCAGAGAGGAUUUCAUGCUCGCCUGAAUCGCCUUCCAGGAGCUGCUGCCCGUUGUCUCCGUAAAGGUCGGAGAAGGCUGGUUGGCAAGGAGACCUCCAUGAGUACUCUGGGCACCGAGAGGCUAGGUCAUAUUGUUAGUGAUCCGCGCCAGAAAGAAAAGAACACAAUGCCUGCUUCUGAUUUCGCACACACUGUGGCCUGUGCACUUGAGUUCAAUCCAUUAUCUCCUCUGUACUCUCUGGAUGUGCUUGCUGAUGCUUCCCACCGAAGAUGCUCACCAGCACACUGCACUGCCAGGCAAGCAAAUGUCCACCUGGGACCACCAUGUUCAAGGGACAUCAAGAGGAAACGAAAGCCAGCUGCAGCCUCCAUAUCUAGCCCAACAUCAGCAACUUUAUCUGUCCACAUGGAUGCGGCAGAAUCAGAGCUACCAGCAACACCCUCCUUGAGAUCCCAGAACUCUGAGUGCACUGGGAAAACACCAGCGGCUGAGAAAUCUACUAUUGCUGCCUCCAGUAACUUUUUUAAAAUGCCGCCAGAGAAGAGCCCUGGACACAGCUAAAAGGAAGCAUUGCAACUGUAAAGGCUUGCUUGAUUUUGGAAGUGUUUGAUUCUGGUGUUUGUCUGCACCAAACAUCUUGUUUGGCAGUAGUGGUACCUCCAGUAUUGGUGCAUGAUGCGUGCCACCAUCCAGGCUGGUCUGUGUGCCUCACACACCUAAUCAUCUUUGUGAAUCUAUGUUUAAAGAAAAGGUAAUCAGUGUUGGGACUGCAGUGGCUUUUAGAAAUUUUCCUGCUAUCACUGUAUUUAUUAUGAAUUCAUCUCUUUCCCUGAUUCCAGCUCAUAUGUAAUAGGUCAUGUACAGGUUCUUCUGGGUUUUCAGAUCUUUCUUCACCCACUGGACUUGUUGCUUGUUUGUGUAUUUGGCAUUUUCAGGGUGAAAGUCCCACUGCCAUUCAGGGAGGCAGGAGUUUCCCUCUGCUUGCUUCUAGACCAGAAGGAUUUCUUGGCUGGGGAAUGAAGAGGGAAUAUCAACACAUUGAAACAUGAAAUCUGAAUCUUGUAUUAGCAGAAUGUUUUCUGGGCAUGUGCUGAUGGAUUCAAAUCAUGUUGCUUCUGGCAAGCAAAUAUGGUGCUUGUCUAUGUAGAAAUUGCCAUUAGCUCACUGACAGCACUGUCCAUUUGACCUUUUCCUUCUCCCUUGUUCUGAAUGUCUUCAGUCUUUAUUGUGUACUGCAUGUUCAUUCCUAAAUCUCCUACUGGAUAAGGAUUUGGGAGAACUACUUGAACAUAAACGUGCAAGCUGGUGUCCUGGAUAGAAAGCUGGACCCUUGAAUAUUGUUGCAGUAUGGUAGAAGAUUAUACAAAACAUACAUAUCUGAAUGUAUAAAAUAAAAAAUAUCCAUUCGUGUUUCUAAAGGAUGCUGGUUGAAGUUGACAUGCCAUUGAACAAAAAAAAGCCAUUUAAAGUGUCACCUGAGUUCAGAAUGUUACAGGUAUAGAUCAAACUCCUGUAUCAUGCUUUCUCUCCUUUCAGAAGUAUUGUCUGCUGUACUGACUGGAGAUGAUUGCACAUUAUACUGCAGUGUACACUAAAGAGAUUCUCUUCAUGGAACUUCAACUUGGUCUGCUGUUACCUUCUGUGUUGCAGAAUAUAUGGACUUAUCUUGGACUGUGUUUUCAGAAUAUGUACCUGUAUAGCAUGUACCAAGGAAAGGUGGCCUCACAGCUUCUUGAGUCCUUUAAGUCCUGUUUGUAUGAAUAGAACUUUUUCCUUUCCUCAUGUGGAGCUUUCAGACAGGACUGUUUAAACUUGUAAAGUCUGUUUUGAUUGUGGCAGUGCAUCUAGUACUCUUUAGCAGACAGCAAAAUUUGCGUGAUUUUACUGAUUCCGCAGUGUUCUGUUCUCUUAUGAAUCAAAUGACUGAGGGACAGAUUUGAUUGGGGGAAUAUGAAGCAAUGAUUUAUAUUAGCUGUGUAUUAAAAGGGGAAAUGAUCAUAAUAUAGACGAAACAGAAACUGAAUGAUUUGCUAAAUCAUGAUUGACAAAUACAGGUAAUUAUAGGACAUGCACACUGUGUCUGAUCCCUAAUACCUACUUAUUCUUGGGGAGACAUCCAAAUUGGAUUUAUAUUUUGCAGCACAAGCAAACUCUCAGAUCUGUCACUAUAAAUCCUUCUCAAACUUUUUUUUUUCUUUUUUUUUAAUUUGGGCGGUACAUUUUAGAAGUAAUUAGAACAGGGAAACCUUUUUUUACCUUAAUGAAGGGAUACAGAAGUCCAUUUGGAUUACAGGACAGGCUGUAACAAUGUAUAAAGGAAGAAGUGUUCCUUUUUUAAAGUUGUCAUGGCUUUGUCUUAUUUGUAGCUAUUUUGAACAAUGAUGCCUAAGGGGUAACACAGGAAGCUUCAGCACUGGAAGGCCUGCAAUCUAAAACAUCUGAAGAGAAGGUAAACCUGAAGAGUAGUAGCUUGACUAUCUAGUACUCAUUAAUACAGUGAAUGGGGAAGGUGAUAAUGUUCUCCUGAUAAUUUGCAGAUAAAAUUUAGGAUUUGAAGCCUUAUAAUCUAAACUGCAUGCUGCUCUGAUGAUGAGUGGUUCCCUAAAAGAGGAUUUGUGAAAUUGACUUGUUUUGAUCUUAUGGAGUAUCCUCCACAACCUCUCUGAAUUUGAGUCUGUUCAACAGACUUACUCAGAUUACUGACCGUUCAGCUUUAUACAGUAAAUACAAUUUAUUUUAUUUACAUACAAUUUUAGCCAUUGUAUUCCCUUUUAAAAAUCAAUUGUGAUAUAUCUUGCUACAUUCUGAGUAUUCUGAGUAUUGUCCAAAUAGUUUUCUCUCUUCCGUGAUGUCAGGAUGCUUUAAAAGCUUUUUCAAGAAAGGUGUUAGGGAAUCAAGAGCCUUUCUCUCAUUGUGGUUGUAGAGGGGUGGGUUGCAGUGCCUUGUGUGAUUUUUCUCUGGGUGCAGGGAAGGAGAAUUUAUCAUAUUUCCCUAUUGAGGUCAGUAGCAGUAUUAUCUGGUUAAGCCCUUACUUAGGUUGUUAACUCCUAGGAAGUAUUUGUUGCCUUUAAAGGCAGAUUGUACCCGUGGCAGUACUGAAGAGCAACUGUGGGAGUGUCUUGACAAGCCAAACUUCCUGCUAUGGCAACUUUGUGGAAGUUCCAGGAGACUCCAAUUAUUGCAACUUCCCUGUCUUUCCUAUUUCUAGGUUAGAAUCCAUUUACAAGUCAGUCAGAUUCUCAACCAAAUUUGAUUCUACUGAGUUGUAGGCAAGCUAAAUGGAUCAUAUAUCUUGUUACUCCAGAGUAUUUAUCAAAAUGUAUCUUCAGUUGAUACAGAUAACCUUGUACCUUGAUACAGGUUUUAGUAUCUACAGCAUUCUUAGAUGAAUAAAAUCCAUUGUUUUGCAUCUUUUUUUUCAUCUAAGGCAGAUAUCUUAGAACUCACUCUGCUCACACAGUCCUCAGUGUGAAGGAUACUGCUUCCCACGUGGAUUACUUGAGUAGAAAGGAGUAAUAACAUGCCUUGAUUUAGUAGCUGUGCUUCUGCAAAGAUGGUCCAGUAUGUGAUUAUUGCUUCAAAGAUAUGCAGGUCACUCCUAUUCCACUUUUUGUCCACCAGGACUCCCCAGCCUUAUUUCAGUUUUGUCUUCCCUCUAGUUGUCUUUCUCCUUGGCCUUAUGGGGCACUACUACUUUGCAGACAGGACCUGGGAAUAUCAUACUAUUGUGACAAGCAAGUCUGGGAAAUUCCUGAAGUAUGUUGAAGAUAAUUUGUAGUCACAAGUAUUCAGCCAACUAGGAAAGAUUCCCUCCUAAACCUGUUAUUUAUUAAUAAAGAAGGACUUUUGAGAGUUAUGAUGGUAGGUGGUUGCCUUUGCCACAGGAUCAUGAAAUGGGUAAUUUAAAAAAUUUUGAUGUAAUGAAGAAAGCUAUCAGCAAGGUUUCUACCCUGAAUUUCAACAGAGCUAACUUUAGGAAACUCAGUGAGCUAGUUAUUAGUGUGCUGUUCCUAGUCUGGUCAGUUUUUAGGAAUCACCUUUUAAAAGCACGAGAGCAGGUGAUCUCUCUGUGUUGAAAGUCAAACAAGCCAUGCAGAUGAGCAGCUUAACAGAGAACUCCUCUUGACUCUCAGAAAGAGAAAGAUUGUAUGAUCUCUAGAAGCAAGGUUAAGCUUCACAGAAAAAUUACAGUGCUGUAGUUCACAUAUGCAGGGAGAAGAUAUGAAAGACCAAACCUUAAUUAGAGUUGAAACUGGCCGGUGUUAUGUCAGACAACCAAGGCUUUUUGAAGUAUAUAAAUAGCAAGAAGAGGUCUAAAGAAAACAUUGGACUGAUAUUUGUUGUAGAUGAUCACCAGACAAAUUGGCGUGAAGACAAAGUGGGGGCAUUCAGUACUUUUUUUGCCUUGGUCUCAUUAUAAUACUGACACACCUUGGGCUGCCCUGUCUUCUGAUUUGGAGGACUGUUACUGUGGGAAUAGUGACUUUGUUUGUGUAAUGGAGAUUGUAAGGGACCAGUUGAAUGUUUGUAAGUCUAUGAGGCCAGGUGGGAUUAAUCCCAGAGUACUGAAGGAGCUAGUGGUUAUUGUAGCAUGACCUCUCUCAAUCUCUACCGAAGGUUUUGGGAGUCUGGGAAAGGCCCACACUGACUAGAAGCUACUCAGCAUUAUUCUGGUUUACAAGAAGGGCAUGAUGUGAGACCCAAGAAACACAGACCUGCUAAUCUAGCCCCAGUACCUAGAAAAAUUUUAGAGAAGAUCAUACUGGGUGCUACUGAAAGGCAUUUCAAGUCAUUUAAAUCAUAGAAUCAUAGAAUAUCCUGAGUUGGAAGGGAUCCACAGGGAUCAUCAAGUCCAACCAAACAGGUCCAGUGAGUGAUGUGGUGGUUGGUGGCUGUCUUGGGUAUAAGGGACCAUGAAAUGUUAGAGUUUUCAAUACUGGGUGAAGUAAGGUAGGGCACCAGCAGAAUUUCCACCAUGGACUUCCAGUGGGCAGACUUUGGCCUGUUCAGGAGAUUGACAGAAUCCCUUGGGAGUCAGUCCCAAAGGGCAGAGGAAUCUAGGAAGGCUGGUUAUGCUUUAAAAAGGAAUUCUUAAAUAUGUUGAGGAGCAGCACCAUCUUCUUAGUCCUCCUUUAGAUGCUCCCUAAUAGCUUUAUAUCCUUAAUGCCAAGUUUGGUAAGUACUGGAGAAGGCUGAAUUAAAAGAAUGUAGUUUCUGACAUGAUGGAUUUAUGAUUUUAAGGUACAUAACAAGUGGAGAAAGAGCAAAACAGGACCUGGAGAGAAACUUGUUUGAGGUUGGGACUAGUGCUACUGAAUGAUAGAUUAGCUUUGUGAUUGGGGUAUUCAGAGGUGUGUCUUGCCAGCAUCAUUCUUGAAUAAUGACACUGAGUAGGUUAGUGCUGUCCUUCAAACUGUAGAUGCUCUUGCUGUUAUUUUGUGGAUGUUGCGGAGAUUUGCUUAGUGGGCUGAGGAUGAGAAGGGAAACUGUAGGAAGGGCAACAAGAAGCAUGAGGGAGUGCCUUUUUUAUUGUAACCCCUUCUGUGCUUAAGAAGGAAGAUGCUACAAAAAGCAGUAUAUGUGCCUAGAUAUUGAAAAGAAAUUAUGUGAAGUGGAUAAGAACUUUGCUUUGUUGUCUUGAGUUUGUAACCAGAUAAUUUUUCAGUAAAGCAAAAGUGAAGGAUGCUACAUUUGUUCAGAAAGUGUAUUUAAUGGUCUGUUAGGAGACUGUCAAAGGAAGAUGAACUUCUGUUCUCAUUGGGAUACUUCAUUUCUGUGUCUUUGUUUCCUGUGUUCUGUUCCAGUUUGUGUUUUGUGAUUGCAAUAUCCUUUUGUACUACCAAAUGCAGGAAAAGUACUUUACAGUAAUGCUUCUUAAGGCAUGAAGCAUAAGGGGACACUUGCUAUACAGGAAGUAAAACAAGAUUAUCUUAGGCCAUUAACUUUACCCAGUACAAGGCUUGAACUCAGCACAGAGGACAUAAUGGCUUAAUUAUACCAAAGCAUCUCUUUCUGAGAGUGAAUAGUGCCACAGGCAAGUGCAGGGAGACUAAACUGGCACCAGUGUCUUGAGACCCACGGGUGGCUGGGCCUCAGUCACCUGACAUAUAAUACAGAUUUACAUUGUAAAGACAGAAGGAACUUUCAACAUAACUCUCAACUUCAGUGUGGCUAGAAUGCCUUCCCAUGCAAAUGGGGAUGUCACUGUGAGUCCAGUCAGCUGAAAAGAUGUGCCCACUGGCAUACUAUGUAAAGAGAAUUCUUGUACCAACUUAAAAAAUUGGUGAAACUGGAAAAUGGACUGGUACAGUGUGUUAUAUUAGAGAAAGAUGCAAUAUAUAUAUAUAUAUAUAUAUAUAUUUAUAUAUAUAUAAAUAUAUAUAUUUGCAGACAAUAAUCAAGAAAAGUAUUGCUGAGCCCUGUGUGUUAUGAGAUAGAGUAUUUAAUGUCCUAAAGCAGAGAAGCCAGUUUUAUGAGGAUGAUCAGGGUUUUGCAAAGCUGCCCUCUUGUCCUUGUAAACUCUGAAGGAACUGGUAUGAACAGCAUGAAAAAUGCUGUACUGUGUCAGACCAAAGGUCUGCUAGUCUUGGUAGUCUGUCUCUCACAGUGACCUGGUUUGACUGCCUAGGAGUACUGUAAAGAUAAAGCAGUAAUAGAGUGAUACUUUUUUUUAGUGUUCUCUUAGCCCAGCGUCCUGCCUCAGAAAGAUGUACAAACUUUCUUUGAGGCUGGAGAAAACAUUUUUUAACUUUUGGUUGUAGUAUUUAUCCUGCAAUGGAAUUUAAAUAUAUUUUUACAAGGACACAUCCUGAUGAUGAAAACAUCAAGUAAGGAUUAGUAUAUCUUUGUUUGUAAUCAGUUUUCUUAUUGAUUACUGUUUUUAUAAGUAAAUACUAUCUUCUCUUGGAAUAUUUUUUCCUAAUAUCAACAUCUUGACAUUGUUUCUUACCAUGCUUUUUUUUUUUAGCAAGGUUGAAAAGUCUUGUUCUUUCUUUACAAUGAGGCUUUUUUGACAUGUAUUUAUAUGCCCAGUCAACAAGUCCCAUGUACUCCACUAACCCAUAUAAAUCAUUUUUCAUAAGCAUCGUACUGUGAAACUUGUCAUUUAAUUGUGCUCCUGCAUGAAAAUUCCCAGUAUUCCAUAUCCAUAUGCAUUCAGUUCUAGUGUCUAUACUUAAAGUAUUCUUCAGAGUUACGGAGUAACUGUUAAGAGUCACUUAUGGUACUCCUCAAAGAGUGUUCUAAUAUUGCUAUUCAAGCUUCAUAUACUCAUAUAGCCAAAUAUGCUGCUAGGCUUUGCUGCCCAAACAAUGCUGUAACACUACCAUAGGAGGUGAUAUUCAGGCAGUUGAAUUUAAAAGUUCUUACCACUGCUUUUCAAUGUACAAGGUCCUAUAAAGUAAGAUUUUUUUUUUAAUUCAAAAAUUUGUUGCAUUUCCUUUAGCAGUAUUAUAGUGCAAUUUUGUACCAGUCGUUUUUAUAGUUUGCAAUACUUAAGAGCUCAGUCUGUUUAGUUUUAUCAGAAGAUCAGAGGUGUCAUGCCUGUGUGGUAGAAAACCCUUUGUGGCAUUGGAAAUUCUAAGUAGUAAAGCAUCUUUUGUCUUGCAGAUGGGCAUAUAAAUGAACUUUGACCUAAAACCUAGGUUGCCUAGAUUGGUGCAUGUGAGAUUUCAUUGCUGGAGGCAUUUCUAAGAGGGCCAUGAUCUGAGACUGGUCUGGCCUGACCAGAGUCCUUGAGCACUGCUGAAGUCCUUGAAUUUUCUCUCAGGUUUUGACAACACCAGAUAGUGAGCAAAGCUACCAUCAGUUGCAUUUCAGCUUCCUCCUGCUGUCAAAGAGGGCUCUCCUAGAGAUAGCUCACAAAAAGGUCUACUCAAAGUCUAUCAAGAGCUGCCUUGUGCAUGUCCCAAAUAUUUAAUGAGGUCAUAAGAUUUAACUGUUUGAUAGGGGUUGGAGUCUGGGUUCUUGGUACUCUAUUUUAAGGGUAACAUGUAAAUAAGAAAGAUUCCUGCUUGUAUUCCUCUGUUUUAAAUAAGAUGUGUAUUCUCUGAAUGAGGCUCUUGCAGAAUCUCUGUUCUGAUUAUAGAAACUGGAAAUAAAUCAAUAUAUGAAAGAAGUGUUUUAUCUGAUAUAAAGUGAACUGAGUUGAGAGUGGGGGAAGAGAGGUUUUGCUGACAUCUGUCUAGAUUUACAGUAUUGGGCUCUCCAUUAAUCUGCAUGCUUCCUUGACCGUUUCCGUAAGUAUAAACUGUAAUCUGAAGGUCUGUAGGGAGUUACUAUGCUUUUUUUGCUUUGAAUUGCAAACCUGAGUGAAGGAUUUGAGGUAAUUUAUCAUGUCCAUUCUUUGGAGUUUUUUUGUAAUGAUUUUGUUUCCCAGUUUGUCAGGACCUUGUCUCUAGACGAGUGAGAUGCACCCUGUUUGGAAUUUGAAGCAAUUCCAGAGUUUCUUAAAUAGCCUUUCAUUUCUAAGCCACUGCUUCAGAUCUGCCCAGUCCCAAAUGGGAUGUCAUUUAAGUGAGCAGAUCAGUUUCAAUUGAUAGUUUAAUGGAUAUCAAUUCAUUUUGCCAACACUAACAUCCUUUUAAGAUAGAUUGGCAUAAUUCUUUUUUACCAUGAUAACAAUGACUUCAAAGAUUAAAUGAACAGAGGACUUCUAAUUUUCUUUUGCCUGUGCUUGUAUCCCACUAUUAAUAGCUAUGCAUAUCUGUGGUAGGAGCAACACAGGAAUCCCUUUGCCUGAACUGUUCCAAUGAAUAAACUGUAAAAAUUAGAUCCCAAGUGGACUAAAUGUUUUUAAACAAAAAGAUCAAGAUCCUUUGGAAAUGGCUUCAAGUUUUUAAUACCAUAUUUGGAGUAGAGGGUUGUCUACAAGCUGCAUGUGUGAGACUUGGGAAAUGUUCCCUGUGAAAUAUGCUGAUUUUUGUUAAGUAUAAGUAGUUGGAACAAGGAGCAAUAGCUUGUCUUAUAGGAAGGGCUCAGAUCUGGCAAACUACUUGUAAUGUCAAAAAUUUCAGAUGUCUAAAAAUUAGCUGUUUCAGUCUUACACCUACAUACAAUUUUGUAAUUUUAAAAUUUUGAGUAAUGAAGCAUUUAAUCUGAUAAUUAUAUUCAUUUCUAUUUAAAAAGGGAAAGCUGAAUGGUGCUUUUUUACAUGUCCUUAAUUUUAUAUCCUGAGAAUUUUCUCAGUUCAGUUUGAAUAACUGGUGGUAAGCUUGAUAACAGGGCUGACUAUGAUGGCAUUUAUCAAUUUUGAUAUUUUUCAAACCAUGAACCUUUAUUUGUGCUUUUCCAGCUCAUAAAAAUCAACUGAAACUACAGAUGAAUGCAAGCAAUAUUCUUGCUAUAUAUUAAUGGAGAACUUGUCAUAUGUAAAUAAAAGGGCAUUUCAAAACUGGAGUACAAAUUUUGUUCUCCACUGGCAUAGAGUAUUUCCCAGGAAGAACAGAUACUUAGUUUUUAAAUGAAAUAUAGGGUUUCAAAGUAGUAAACUACAUUAAUUUAAUUCAUUUUUUGUGGGGGAGUUUUGGUGGGAGGUGACUAAAUAUGAGAAUGUGAGCAGAUCUUAGGAGUUGCUACAAUAGGGCAGAUGUAGCACACAGAGUUUUCAAAACACACAAAAAAUUUUACUGGAGACUGGAGAAUUGUACCUAAAGAUUGGAGAAAUCUUCCUCUGAGAAGUGUCAUCGCUCACAGACUGCCUGCAGGUGCAGUGAUGGCAGACCAGUAGCUCUGAUAAACUAAUGCCAAUACUGACAAUGAUGUUUCCCUUGUAAUUUUGACACCAGCUUCCUGAGAGGUUCAGCAGUGUUGCUUUAGGGCUCUUCUUCAUCCUGCUUCACAAAAUAAUUUGCAAGUGCUUGGACUCACCUAGCCCUCCACCAUGGGGAAACACGUGUUCCCAUUUUGAGCCAGACACUCCUACUGCUGAGUGUUGUAUGGUGCAUGAAAGAAGUCCUGUGUUUUCUUUCUUGCUCAUCCAGUGAACAGCAAGGGGAGCUUUCAUGAAUCUUGCUGGUCCUUUCAGAUACUGUGGAGACAGGAAGGAGGGAAUUAGACAUGCAAGGAUUGAUUCCAGGGUGGGGAGAGGGGGCCAUGAGGUGUGGCUGUUGUUCUGCACUCAAUGCCAGAGCUACCUGGAGAAGGUGACAUUUCACCCUUGUCCCACACUGAUAGGCUGCACAACUCUAAACCAUGGGCUUCACCUGCUUACACAUGUAUUUAGACAUUUCAACAAGAAUCUUCUUCAGCAACCCCACCCACCCCUCAAGUAACAAAUAAAACAAACCAUAAAAUUUGUGCUCUGAUGACAAAGCUGCAAUUUGAUUGAUGCAUGUUGCUGUAAUCAGUGCCCUUCUGCAUGUGCAGUGCAAUGCAGUCAGGCACUUUCAUGAUUUGUUGUUGGGUUUGGGGGUUGUGUGUCUCAGUCUGUUCAUCUGCCCCCUUUCACACAUGGUUCCUGCCUUAGUGUAGGACAGUUGAGACUCUCUGAAUGUACAGCUGCUGGCUUGCGAUUUUUUUUUUCUCCUCCGUAGGCUGACUUCCAGCUUUAUUUACUGGGCAGCAUCCACACUCCGCUCUGAAGAGGAGAGAUACUUGUUAGUUUCUUCAGAGUACUUCCUGCUGUGACGGCUGAGAAUGUUAAUGAACUUGUGUACUGAGCAUUUGAAUGUUAUUGUCAUUGUUAUUGCGUAAGUGAGGAAUUUAAGACUGGAGCAAAACCCAGGAAUUAUCUCUGAAUUUGAGGGGCCUCGGAUGAGAUACACAAACACUGGCAAUUCGCAGGGACUGACUUUGUACCCUUUUGUAGGUUCAGAUUACAUUUCCUACAAACUUCCCUAGCAGCUAUAAGUGCUCAGAGCUUCUGAACAUCCAGCCACAAUUACUGAUGAGGUGAGGAACACUGUCCCCAUUGCUGAUGUCUUUCUGUGGCUUCUCAACUAAGAGAGAUGGCAGCCGGCAGGCAUCUCUCCAGGGCUGAUGGUCAGUUGCUUUCAUCAUGAGAACAUGGACAGCCUCCUGCUUUGUCCUUUGUGCCAGUGGGUCUGACUCAUUUAUGCUCAUCUCCUUCAGUUCUUGCCCUUCACCUCUCUGGAGGCAUGCAUUCUAUGCUCUGGAUAAAGUUAAGAGUCUCAAAAAUAAACUGUGUAAUCAUUUGAUUUAACAUUAUUGUAAAGUAUAUGGACUAAGGGACAACUUAGGGUGGCAGAAAAGGGAUUUCUUCCUUUUUUGAGUAUUUUUAUCUGUAACCAGAUGUAUAUAUAUCUGUGUAUACAUAUAUAUAUAUAUUUAUAUGUAUUUAUUUUUGAGCUAGGACUUGGUAUGUAUUCACUUUGUAUUGGAGUUUCCUUAUAAAAGUAUUUUAAUUUCCCCAAAUAUGUUUUUUCUCUGGAAAUACUAUGAUUCCUGGACUUCAAAGGAAUUGAAAGAGCAGCCCCAAAUGCAUAGUAUCAUAGAGAAUCUGCUGUGAAAUAACAUGUCUACUACAUCUCAAGAAAGAGCAAUAGGUAGGUGAAAACUUGCUAUGGAACAAUCACACUUUAUAUACUUUUACCUGAACAUCAUAGGAUGACAUGAAUUUUGACUCAUGUCUUGCAGUGAUAUUUCAAGUAAUGUCUUUUUGAUUCUUUUCUCUAAACUACAGGGUAAUGAUUGUCUAGUGAAGUAAACCUGACUGUUGUUUAACAGUCAGGCCUUCUAAUGCCCAAAUCAGCAAAGUUUUAAAGUAUCAGAAGUCUUAGUGUAUAUCUUGGGAAGAAUGCCCUUGGAACCAGACUCAAUCAUCUGACUGAGCUGUAUUGGAAAAAAGGAAAAAGGAUAGAAGGAGAAAAUGAUAUUAACUAUUAUCUUUAUUAUCUUAAGUCUCAUUCUGUUCUCUCCAUGGACUCUUGGUUUACAUCUUCUAGAGAAAUUAGUGCAUCUUUAAAGAAAACAAAAAGACAAAGAUAAACAACCUCCCUCUACAAGCUUUUUUGUGUUCAUUUUUUAGAUGUGGGUUGGCAGGCUCUGUUUGCAAGCUGAAUACCCAUUUCCUCAUUUAAAGAGAUUCCAUUAAGCUGAAAGAUGAAAAUCAAAAUGUUUGAUUUUCCAUUAAUACCAUUUUCAGACUGGACAGAUAGCUGUGAUUAUGAUUUUCUUAUAUUACUGCAGUAAAGUACUGUAGUCCACAUCAUUCCUUGCUCACACAUUACACCUCACACCUGUGCUAAGUGGGCAUUUUCUGAGGAAAGUGCAUUGUUUGCUUAACAGAAGCACAAAAGAUGACAUAUGGUAAGUUGCUGUACACCUUAUCUUCUCUCUGCUAGUCAUUGUGGGCAAAGUGAUGAUGGUGCACUACUGUAUGACUCAGAAACAGCUUUGCUGAAAACCACAGAUUUAUUUCAGGUAAGUGACAUCCCAUGUGUAUGUGUACUUAAAUGAAACUGUGUAUUUGUUCCUGGGAAGAACCCAAAUGCUUGUCACAAAUAACUGGCAUCUGGAAGCAUCAGAGCUGGUCUGUUUAGAAUAUGUCUACUCUCUGUCAUUCUGCAAGUACCUCAAGUGUUUAGGAUAUGGAUGAGUACAACUUCUACUGCUUGUCACUGAACUACUGCUGGUAAUUGAAAAUUGGAAUGCAGUGUUCCCUGGAGAGUUUGUCAUGGAGCUCAAGAGGUUAAUAUGUAGUUAUGUGAUGAUACUAUAAUUUUAUAUGCAUCUGCAGAUACUGCUAAUAGACAUUAAAGUGGGCAUUUACAUCCUUA